UUCACGAUUGUUUGACCCACUGUGGAACGGAAAUGCAAUUUAUGGUAAUAAAGCUUGGUGACCGGAAGUGGGCGUUGUGUUGCAGCUGGAACCGGAAGUAGGUUUGUCUGUAUGUGUGUGUCUCCUUGGACAGAAUGGGAACGGGUCAGAGAGGAAUACAACAUGCAUUUUAACUCAUUCAAACACAUAAUCACUGUUUAAUCCAUCUGUGAGGAAUAAAUGAAUGAAAAUGAAACGCGACGUCCGGAUUCUGUUACUAGGGGAACCCAAAGUGGGGAAGACGUCUCUCAUCAUGUCCUUGGUCGGAGAGGAGUUCCCCGAGGAGGUUCCUCUCCGGGCCGAGGAGAUCACCAUCCCUGCAGACGUCACACCUGAGAAAGUGCCGACGCACAUUGUGGACUACUCCGAGAGCGAGCAGUCAGAAGAAGUGCUGCGCAGCGAGAUAAUUAAGGCGAACGUGGUGUGUGUGGUGUAUGAUGUCACGCAAGAGGAAACCAUCGACAAGAUCCGGACGAAAUGGAUUCCGCUGGUGAACGGCGAAGCUGAAAAAGGCAGCAAGAUUCCCAUCAUCCUUGUGGGCAACAAGUCCGACCUGCGCUCCGGCAGCUCCAUGGAAACCAUCCUGCCAAUCAUGAACCAGUUCUCGGAGAUUGAGACGUGCGUCGAGUGCUCAGCGAAGAACCUGAAAAACAUCUCUGAGCUUUUCUACUACGCUCAGAAAGCUGUCCUGCACCCGACAGCACCACUCUACGAUCCUGAGGACAAACAGCUAAAGCCGCUGUGUGUUCGUGCCCUUAGUCGAAUCUUCACCAUAUCCGAUCAAGACAACGAUCGGAUCCUCAGCGACGCUGAACUCAACAGGUUUCAGAAAUCGUGUUUUGGGAACCCGUUAGCUCCUCAGGCUCUGGAGGACGUGAAAACGGUCGUGUGGAAGAACACCAGCAACGGCGUGCAGGACAACGGCCUGACUCUUAACGGUUUCCUGUUUCUGAACACGCUGUUCAUUCAGAGAGGACGUCACGAGACCACGUGGACCAUCCUGCGCAAGUUUGGCUACGACGACACGCUCGAGCUCACAGACGACUACCUCUAUCCGCCGCUGCGUGUACCUGUCGGUUGUACGACAGAGCUGAAUCAUCUCGGUUAUCAGUUCCUCCAGCGGCUCUUCGAGAAGUACGACGAGGAUGAGGACUCGGCUCUUUCGCCAGAGGAGCUGAAGAACCUGUUCGCUGUAUUUCCCUACAUGCCCUGGCCCGAGUCGGUGUACAGUAGCGUCCCUACUACGGAGGACAACUACAUCUCUCUGCGUGGCUACCUCUGCCAGUGGACGUUGUCCGCAUACCUGGGCGUCCACAGGUGUCUCGAGCAUUUAGGGUACCUUGGUUAUCCCAUCCUGAUGGAGCAGGACUCUCAGACGUCAGCCAUUACGGUAACCAGAGAGAAGGCGUUAGACCUGGAGAAGGGACAGACGCAGCGCUCAGUGUUCCUCUGCAAGGUGAUUGGACCACGUGGAACAGGAAAGACCGCCUUCCUGAAAGCCUUUCUUGGGCGGAGCCUCGUGGGUGACGAGCGCAACCCCGGUGCCUUCUCUCUCCACACGAUCAACACUGUCUCCAUUUCCAGCCAGGAGAAAUACCUCAUUCUGGAGGAAGUGGACGUUGAAGCGGAGUUCCUGAAAGCAGCGGAUGCCGCGUGUGAUGUCGCCUGUCUGAUGUAUGACGUCAGCGAUCCGGACUCUUUUAACUACUGCGCUAGUAUAUACAAGCAGCACUACAUGGCGAGUGGGGUGCCGUGUGUGGUGGUGGGAUCCAAAGCCGACCUGCCUGAAGUGAAGCAGCACCACGGAAUGAGUCCAUCCGAGUUCUGCUACAAACACAGACUCCCAACGCCACUGCACUUCACCGCGCUCAACACGCACAACAACACGCACAUCUACAGCAAGCUCGCCUGGGCCGCCAUGUAUCCGCACCUGAACGGUUCGGAUAUGAACAGCACGUCCUUUUGGCUGCGUGUGACACUCGGAGCUAUCUGCGCCAGCCUGCUGGGGUUCGCCUUCUACAGAGCCUUGAGCAGGCACAAAUAACACGAACACACACACACACACACACACACAAGGACGGUUUCUGUGCUGUUGGUCCAACAUGCGUGCAGUAACGGAAUUAACCGCUGCACUAACCACACAGAACUUUGACCUCUUUACCUUUGUGUGUUUCAAGCGUUUGGCCUGAGACAUUAUGCCAAAUCGAGUUGACACACACACACCUCUCAGCGUCAGUGUGUGUGAGAGGUGGCAAGACGGACAGUUUUGUUCGGCAUUUAUUUAUAGGAAGCAGGUCCUCAGUGUGGUGUUACAAUGAUAACUGGCAGUAAGGUCCAAAAAAAAAAAAAAGCAUUUCCAUAUCUUAUAUAAUUAUUUUUUUAAACUGGUUGAUGCAUUGCAGGGUUUUUUUUUUUUUUUCUUGUAAAUCAUCAAAUAUGCUGGAAUUCACACGCGUACACAAACUCCUCAGUGGUCCAACUGGUGUCCUCUUAGGAAAUUUUUAAUGCAGGAGCAUGAUGAUGAUGAUGAUGAUGUUCAAUAACUAUAUUUUGUAAUAAAUGUUUUUCCCUCCA